AUGAUUGUAGAGGAAUGGGAUUAUCUUGAUAAAGUUGUGGAGCUAAAUUAUCAGUGGAUUGCAUUUGAUGAUGUUUGUUACCAUGUUCAGGUGAAAGUGAAGAAUCCAAACCUCUUGUUGCUUGUGGUUUCGUUACCAAAUCCACCACCUGAAGCAAUGUCCUUUGAUGGACUUCCAUUAGGAGCUAUAGAAGCCAUUAAAGCUACUUACAUGACUGGUUUUCAAGAGGUUGAAGUAUUGUCUCAUAUCACAUGGAAACCCAAAUGGGGAAUGAUCUUCUCUGAUAUCAAAAAGAAAGUCAGCAGGAACUGCGAGUUGGCUUCCCGUUCACAUCUCCGAUCAGUGGAGGUCCUGGAGGAUAUAGAAGGUGGCGGUGAGGACAUCUUCGAAUUUCUUUUCCGGCUCGCGAGGCGAAGGUGGCUACUUCUAUUGAUUCCGAGCUAUCUGCAUUUGUCGGGAUUAACGAAAUCCGGACAAUCUCCGGUGGUUAAUUGGGUUAGGUCCGUUGUGGCUGAGCUCCGAGAUGGAUCGUCGCACCAGGGUACUGUAACAUCAAUGGAACCGAAUGAAGGCACUUUCGUUCUUCACACUGAAAACACUAAGAAAGGAAAAAUCAAUCCUGUUCAUCUUGUUGAUGUUCCUGGGCACUCUCGGCUUCGACCCAAGCUUGAAGAAUUCUUGCCCCAAGCAGCUGCCAUUGUGUUUGUAGUGGAUGCCUUGGAGUUCCUCCCAAACUGUCGUGCAGCUUCAGAGUACCUAUAUGAUAUUUUGACCAAUGCGAAUGUUGUCAAGAACAAGAUUUCAGUCCUCCUUUGCUGUAACAAGACAGAUAAACUCACUGCACACACCAAGGAGUUUAUUCGAAGCAGAUGGAGAAAGAAAUCUGAUAUAGCGAACGACUUCUCCUUCUCGCAUUGCUACAACAAAGUCAUUGUAGCUGAGGCAUCUGGACUCACCGGAGAAAACGUCCAGAUCCAAGACUUCAUUCGAGAAUACAUCAAGCCUUGA